AUGCCUCUUUUAACAGAAGAUAUAAUGAAUGAUGAUGAAAUUCUUAUAACAGUUUAUACUAAUUUUGAUUCUAAGCCAGAUUUAGAAGAGGAGAAUGAAGAACCUAUAAUGUCUUUAGUAAGUUUAUCAGAAGCACUUAAUGCAUUACAUAUUCUUAUUCAAUUUCAAAAACAACAAGAUGAUAGUAAUGGAUUUAAGCAAGAAGAAUUAAAAAUGUCACGAAAAAAAAUGGCAGUUGUCGAUGUGGAUAAUGGUAUAGUGAUAUUUGAAUUAAUGAUGUUACUAUUGACCAUUGAAUUUGCACAGCUUGUGCUUGCUGAUAUUAUAUCACCAAUACUCAUUCUUCAAUUUUUCAUCAAGGAAUUAGACUCUGCAUUUCUUGGCUUGCUUACAAUUCUAACAUCAAGAGGUUUGAAGGGUGAGGAUAAUAAAGAUGCAUUAUUGAAAUGA